AUGUUGCCAGCAUUGCGUUCAUGGACGCUCGGGAAAACAGCCAGUGUGCGCGGCUACUCGACCUUGGGCGGCCCCGCCGGCUCGUCCGGCUUCUUGUCCGACUUGAUGAAAAGAAUCGACACGAUCAACAUGAAAUCGGAGAAAAUCGCCCAGCUGGCUCUGCGUCCGACGGAGCACCGCCAGCCAAGCAGCAGGAAAGCGCCGGCCGCCGCAGACCCGCCGAAAAAGCAGAAAAUGCCCCUGGCCCCCAAGAAAUACACCAGGGCCCCACCGAGGGCCAAAAUCGUGGUCAAAGAUCACCCUUUGAGCUCCAAUAUGUUCAAGCUCAUGGACGAAAAGAACUUCCGGGGAGGCGCCAGAGACGCCCGCCCGCCAGGGCCCAGACAGGGCCAAAACCAGGCGUUCAGGGGCGAAAAACCGCCGUUCAGGGGCGAAAAGCCCGCCGCAUACUCGCAAGGAAGACCCCAGCAACGAAACAUGCAGCCAGGCGACCGCAGACAGGGCGGCAACAGGCCUGCGGAUGGCCGCAGGAACCCCGGGGCCCAAAAAGCAAGGAACUUCGUCAAGCCGGCCAGCAUCGUGCCCAAGAAAUUGAAGGCCGCGGCGCUCAAGCCCACGCUCAGUGGAGACGUGUUUUUGCACGGCAGGCCCGCCAAGUUGGCGGUGUGCACGUCGUCACGUGUUGCCGCCGUGGCCAAGGAGUGCUUGCUCGAGUCGCAUUACCCGUACAAGUUGCCCCGGUCGAUCAUCGACAACAUCGAUGAGGGAUUCUCCGGAAACAGGUUCCUCUUGCAGAAAGACUGGAACUUGGAGGUGGACGCGGAGCAUUUCAGCGAGCGCAUCCGGAAGGUGGUCCGGGGCGAGGCGGAUUCCUUGUCGGUGCCCAAGGACGCCACGCCUGCAGAGCAGGACACGUGCCGUGGCUUGAUGUCGAACGGUAGUUUGAGCAUGGACGACAAGCGGACCAUUUACGACGUCGUGGCGGGCGUCAAGAGCGUCCUGGAUUUGUUGAAGAACGCUGCGUGGAACAAGUGA